AUGAGGAAUUGGCCACUUUUUGUUUUUCUUAUGUGUCUGGUUCUAUUCUUCUAUGCAUUCUACAUUUAUCAAGCACAAGGAGCUGUUCUUUCUCAAACAAAUGAAGAAGUUCGACAACUGUCUGCCCAAUUAAGUUUAACUAAAGGAAAACUUGUUGGAAGUAUGGCAGAUUUGGAGACAAGUAACAGUGAAAAGAAAACAAUAUCCACUCAGUUGGAGGAUAUUACGAAGAAGAAUGAUGAGUGUAUGGUUUCGUUGAGAAAUACGAAAUUAAGAGUAGACACUCUUGAAAAAGAUGGAAAGUCGAAUACUGAUAACUACGCAAAAAUGCAGGAAGAACUGACAGCAUUGAAGUCGAAGGCUGAAGAGCUUCAGAGAAAUAACACUGCUUUGAGUUCCCUCGUCUCCACUCAAACCCAACUGAUCACUCAACUUAAUCAGACCAUCGGAAUCAUUAAAUUCGAGAAGGAGGAACUGAAGAACUCAAUGAGCCUCAACAACCUCACACCAAAAAAUGAGAAACUUGCUCCAGAAGUUGAGAGUCAAAGUCAAAACGAGCCUAAUCCAGUGAAAGAUGGGAAGGAGAAAGAAGUUUCUGUUUCAACACCAACGACUACAGCUGCUCAAAAAGUAGAAGGACUUGAAGAAGCAGAUGGGAAAGAAGUUGAUGAUCACAACAAAGAGCCAUCAACAGUUGCAGCUUCUUCUACUCAGUCUCCUGUUGGGAAAUUGGAAGAGAAUAAUCCAGAAAACGAAGAGCCAGAGCCAGUUGUAGCUGAACCUGAUGUUGCCGAACCAGAAGAGAAAGAGACAUAA